CAGAGCUGCUGGUGGAACAACACACACGGAAAGACUUGUACAGACACACACAGGAAACAGGAACACACAGUUGUCAGCUGACAGGGAGCUUCAGGGGAGUUGGUCUCCGUGUGGGACACAGGAGACAUGAACUCUGACCUGGAGGAGCAGGAGGACGAGCUGCUCGCUCUCCUCAGCAUCUUGGGGCCGGAGGAGUUUGUCCGGAAUGAGUCGAGUCCUGCCGGUGAAAUCCGAGUGUCGGUGGAGCUUCCUGCUGACUUCACUGUGGCUCUGACAGAAGGUGGAACCGUGAGACAGUAUGAGCUGUCGUUCCUCCCCCCUUUGCUCCUGACCUUUGACCUCCCUCCAGAUUACCCAUCAUCCUCCCCUCCUUCCUUCACCCUCACCUGCAGCUGGAUGACACGCUCACAGCUCUCUGCACUGUGCUCUCAGCUCACUGACCUCUACCAGGCCACCGGAGGCGCUGUGGUGCUCUUCACCUGGGCCCAGUUUCUCAGAGAGGACACCCUCGGGUUCCUGGACGUUCAUACUCACCUGGAGCUCCCAUCGGGCGAACACAGCUCUCAGCACUUCAGCCUGAACUCACAGAAUCACAACAAUGGAGACACGUCAGAAUCAGGAUCCACAGAUGACCUUAAAGACGCAGGGGUCUCUGCUGCAUCUCUGGAGGUGAUCUCUGCUGAAGGCCCCAAUCCUCCUACCUCAGACUGGAGCAGCACAGACUCUCAGGAAGCUGGAACAUUACAAGAAAGUAGUCCACCCUCCCAACCUGACUUCAUUGAGGAUUCUGGGCCUUCUGAUGAUUCUCAGCAAUCUGCACGAGAGUCAAUACCAAGUGAUCAGAUCCUGAAUUAUCUGUCGUCAGAGGAUAACAAAACCAAACCUCUUCCAUUGGCUGAGCCUGAUCACAACAGUGAAGGUUUCUCAGAUGAAAGGGAUGUUUCCUCCUUGCUUCCCUCUGGCCCCUCAGGCGAGAUCGAUCACAUUGAACAAGGAGCUUCUGCUCGGCCGCUGCAGCCGAGAGAAUCCUUUCAGAACACACAGCCAACCCUCUCCAGUGCCCCCCCAUCUCCGUCACUAGCUCUCCUGUCGCAGCUCUUGAUCCACGACGCUGCCCAGAAGCAGAGACAGUUCACCGUCACCCUGUUUGACUGCGGUGUGUGUUGUGUGGCCUGGCUGGGGUCGGAGUGUGUGCAGCUGCCAGAGUGUGGUCACGUCUUCUGUCAGGCCUGUGUGUCUGAGUUCUGUAAGAUGCAGAUAACUGAGGGAAACGUCCGGGGCGUCACCUGUCCUGAGACGUCCUGCAGGGCCAGUCCCACUCCUGCACAGGUGAGGAGUCUGGUCGGAGAGGAACUGUUCAGCCGGUACGAUCGUCUCCUGCUGCAGUCGACUCUGGACCUCAUGUCUGAUGUGACCUAUUGCCCUCAACGCUCCUGUGGUUCUCCCGUGAUCGUGGAGAAGUCCCACACCGCGGCCCUGUGCUCUGUGUGCCGCUUCCCUUUCUGUGUGAGCUGCAGGAAGACGUACCACGGAGCCCAGGCCUGUCAGGAGAAGACCACCAUGAAGAAACUGAUGGAAACAGAGGGGAGCGUGGACGUUCCACAGUCACAAGAGGGGAUGAGGGCUCUGGCAGACGACUACGCCACCGGCAGCGAUGAGAGACGGCGUCUCCUGCAGAGCCGAUACGGCCGCAGGACGAUGCAGGUCGUUCUGCCGGACUUUCUGAGUGAGGACUGGGUCGUGUUCAACAGCAAGAGCUGCCCUCACUGCUUAUGCAAGAUAGAGAAAAGCGGAGGAUGUAACAUGAUGACGUGCUCUCGGUGCAGACAGCUGUUCUGCUGGACCUGUCUCCUCCGACUGCAGAGAGUCGGUUCAACUCACUUUCAGGAAGGCGCCUGCUCUCUCUAUGGACCAUACCUGCCCUAGUCCUUCAGAUCCUGUCCCCAUCAGACAUGUGGAUCAUAGACUCUUUAAUAUUAAAUGAAAAAUACCAUAGUUUAAAGCAUGUUUUAAAACUAUUAUGAUCAGAAUACAGUAGAGAAUCUAUAUCGUAUAAACGUGAGGUGUUUUAUGACUCAGGGAUGUUUAUUUAAAGAAAACCUAGAAAAAUACAAAUUACACAUUAUUGUAACUGUCAGAAAUAUAAAUUUCAAACUCAAGCUAACUUACUUACUUAUUCACAAAUAACAUGUCCAGCAUUAUGUGUCAUAGUGUCGUCUUGCUGCUAGAUGUUGUGGUUGUAUCAUGAAUUAUGGUACAGCUGAUAAUGAACUAAAAACUGAAAGUUAUUUACUUGAAAAUCGGAAAAUGGUCACAAAUAUCCCUCAUGUUGUAAAUAUGAUCAAUGACUUAAAAACUGAAGAGUAAAGACGUAUGUCUUCAAACUGUUUUGCCUUAAAAGUUCGAAAUCUGAAAUUCCAUCAUUAAAGACAAAGUAUAAAACAAAAACUGACAUUUUAGAGGCUAAAACCAGUAAAUCAGUUUUACCUAAAAAUGACUUGAAUGAUCAUUUGCACUUUACACUCACCACACAUUAUUUAUUUAUAAAAUUGUUCUUUUAUUGUUGCUGCAAAGCCAAGCAGCCGCCACCCAAGACUCUUACCUAUCAAAUAAAACAUGCAUGUAAUUGAAUAUACAUAAUAAUCAUACGUGAUCUGAUUGCUGCUAUUCACUUUUCAGUAAUCAAUAAGCCUCUUCUCUGAAGUAUCAAACUGGGAUAUCACACCAGUCCCUUACUUUUUCUAUUUUGGGCCGGACCAAGCAUCUUUUAGCUCUAUCCCGUUUUCAGUGUAACAAAUUACAAUAUGGUGUAGUUAUCACAAAAGAUAAUAUUUUAAGCCUUCGGGAAAAAAUGAUGAUGUGCCUUCUUUUAAGACCCGGCCUCCAGAAGUCUCUAACAUGGAGAGGGUCUGAUACUUUGCUCUGAAACCUUUCUGGUCUUAUCUCUCAAGCAGGGUCCUAAAUGUGCAUAUAUGAGUGUAUGUGGGUCACUGUUUUGCAGAUAUCUAUUUAUGAGUUGGUGCUGAUUUGUUUUCCACAUGAGCAGAUUCUUCUUUUGUGUAUUGUUGUUUUUCUUAUUUCUGUUUUUUUGGUACGCUGCUUCUGUAUACAACUGAAUGUUCAUAAAUAAAAU